CGACAGGAGAAAACGCGUCGCGUAGUAUCACAUGUACGUACAUGCAGUGUCAUCAUCGCCAUAUCACUUCGCCUCAAAGUUCCACUGCGGCUGCUGGCUAUUGUUCAUCCAUAAUUACAUUUACGCAUCAAACUUGAUUUUCACAAUCUGAUCAAAAGAAUUAUUAAAAUAGUUGGACUUUGAUUAAAUCAUAAGCAAUUCAAUUUUUCUGGAUCAGUUGACAUGUCUGUUUUCGAGUCUCCUCUCCUUCUGCAUGUCGACCACCCACCGUGUACCUGCGAGUAAAGGGCACAAGUGUCCAUGAAUAAGCCAGUGAAAUGGUAAACAUGGCGUUGGUGUAGUGCGAAGGAAGACUUUCAAGAAAUUUCGCCAUUGUAAGAAAUAAGAUAUCACAAGCGAGUCGUAAUUGCCUCCUCCCGUCCGUGGACGGACAACAGCAGCAGGUCACCAGACACCGACUUGGUCUUGAUUGUGCAACUUUGCCCAACAUCCUCAUCCCAUUCAGUCGACUAGAAAAUUAGUCCGCCUCUGCACACUCGUCCUCCUCCCUUCUCAUUAUUAUGGAGCAACAAGGACGAGGUUUCCUAAGGUAUCAUCACUGAAAUCACUCUGCCAUUAUCAUCAUCAUCAUCAUGUGUAGUCGCAAUUUGUGCGUGCUUGGUUGACUGUGUAUGCAAUACUACAAAGUGCAUACGUGUGUAUACGGAAUACGGAUGUACGUACAUACAUAAAUGGGACAAAUACUCAGCUUGUUGGUAUAAAAUAUUCAUCAAAAUCUUCCCUUUAGCGGAAGAAAGCAAGAGUUGCGUGUUGAAAAGUAAAGUUGGUUUUGAGUGGUUUGUUUUACUUUUAUUUUGACUCUGAACAGUAGUGAUCAAGUGUAGCUGGAACACACACAGGCAACGAAAGCUUAAGUGAAAGAGGUUCAAAUCUUGUACAUACAUUUUAGUGUUAUGAUUUACCCUGCCCAUGGACUUUCCUGUUGUUCAUACAGAGUCGAGAAUAUAUGUAUGUACACAUGUACAUGCACGAUUGUUGGCAUAAACCCUGUUUUUAGAGUUUAGUGUAAACCUACUCUCCUGUCCAGAUAUUGGAUAAAGUCCACAACAAGAUAAAGUUCACAAAUAACAGCGAAUAGUAAGCUCAUAAAAGCGUUUUGCGAGUGAAAGCACGGUGAAAGGUUCUUGUUGUUGAUGAUGAAUCCUGCCCACAGCGUGUCAAGUCGCCCCGGGGAAUCAACUCGUCUCCCAUCUCCAUGAUUAUUAUGCUGUCUUAUCUUCCUGGAAAAGCUUCUUACUUCGCAAGGAAUUCUUAGAGCAGAGCUUAAUGCGUAACUGGAAUCAAAUGGUCCGAAAAUGACAAGCAUCACAGAUCCAGAAGAGAUUGGCAAAUGGCUUGACCAGAACCCGACCUACUUUGCGUCAUAUUUUAUCAAAAAGGCCGACAUUACGCUCAUCAACCGAUGGCUCACAGAACACGGCUACGUUAUCUUGUGCGAGGGCAACACUGGGAGAAAGUCUCCAGUUCUGCUGGGACCACCCUCUGAGCGUCGUGGAUCUCGUUCGACAUGCUCCUCGCGACGCGCUUCGGGCGCUUCCUCCCUCACAUCCGACACACUCUCGCCCACCAGCCCCCCCGAACGAGGGUCAGACUUCCUCUCCACCACCACGACGACAACCACCACCCUCGCCAACACCUCCGACGAUGAUCACAACAAUGGAAGCGGAAAGGCGCAUCACUCAAAGAAAACUCUUCGCAAUGAUUUUGCACGAGCAAAAAGUCGGUCCGUGUUUCAGAAUGAAGAGUCGUCUCUUGGUCAUCACACCCCCGCGUCACUGGCAUCCAGACGCUCUUCUUUGAAGGAUAUGCGCAAAUAUACAUCCUUACCACCCAACUCAAUUAACAUCUUGUCCCUUCUUAUUGAAUCCAAGGUAAAACUACCACGGUACGCUUCAAAGCACUUUGAGCUGAAGAGGGAGCUGAGGAGAUUCGAUGAUCGGGCCUUUUUUCUCGACAUUGUCAAAGACAUUGCAAACGACCUGGACCUUCGGAGCUUGACCAAGAAGAUUAUCGAGAAUGUCACCAUUUUGCUGGAUGCCGAAUCUGCGUCUUUCUUCAUUCUGCAAGGGCCGAGAGGGAAACAAACCCUUGUGUCAAAGGUGUGGGAUGUUCCGAUCGGAAGUCCGUGGACACCAUCCGCCAUGGAGCUGGACGGGGUGGAGGUUGGAAUGGGGGCAGGGCAUGGAAUUCUCGGAUGGGUAGCGGAGCGUGGAGAACCAGUGAACUUGGAGUCUCCCACAACGGUACUUCAAGACCCACGGUACAAAGUUGGUGCCCACCCACCCACUCAUUCCCUCUUGGCCAUGCCGGUUCGCAGCCCAGGAGACGAAGAGGUCAUUGCAGUGGCGCAAGUCGUCAACAAAAAUCAGUAUUUUGGAACUUUCUCUCUGGACGAUCAGAAGCUUUUAGAGACAUAUCUGCAAUUUGUUGGAAUCGCACUGACCAAUGCUCAGAUCAUGGAGGCCACAAGAAGAGAGUACGAUCGAAAUCGGAAUUUGCUGGAAGUAGUUCACGACCUGUUUGAGGAACAAACAUCCUUAGAAUCCGUAAUUCUAAAAAUAAUGCAACGUGCACAACGCCUCCUGAAAUGCGAGCGUGCCGCAGUCCUGCUUCUGGACGAGCAUUCGAGUGAAUUGUCCAAGGGUAUAAAAUUCUCCAAACUUUUUGAGCUCAACACGCCACUGAAUGGUCACCCUACAGCAGACCUUCAAACGAUGAUGCAAACCACCGAUGCCGGAAAAGUUCUUGAUUGCCAAGCUUCAGGGAAUAUGAUGCGCCUUGCUGAGCAAGUUGUGAGCUCUGGAGAGGUGAUAAAUAUUGCUGAGAUUGUGGAGGUGGAGCCCAGCGGCUGUGGGGACAACCUCAGGUCUCUCCUCGCUAUGCCCAUACGCAACAGAAAUUCCGAGAUUAUUGGAGUCGCAACGAUAGUUAAUAAACUCAACGCCGUGCCCUUUGACGACCAGGACGAACAACUUUUUGAGGCAUUCACCAUCUUCUGCGGACUUGGAAUCUCAAACACACUCACGUAUGGGGACUUGGAAAUGGCGAUAGCACGGCAGAAAGUAGCUAUAGAGGUGCUAUCUUAUCAUGCAGCAGCGUCUAUUAAAGAUGUGGAACUCCUGUUGGGUCGUGAAGUACCCGAUGCGGAUGAACUGGGUCUGGUGGGCUUAGAUUUUGAUGAUUUCUCACUUGACGGGGACACCAUGGUUCUAGCCGCCCUUCGGAUGUUCACGGAUCUAUCCCUUGUAUCCAGGUUCAAGAUGGACAAUGCUACGUUGAUACGAUGGAUUCUAACAAUACAACGGAACUAUCGAGACGUCCCUUAUCAUAAUUGGAGGCAUGCAUGGAAUGUGUGUCAAGUGAUGUUUGCCAUACUCACGAGCUGCGAAAUGAAGGACACGUUUUCAGAGUUGGAAGUUUUGGGAAUGUUUGUCGCUUGUCUUUGCCAUGAUUUGGAUCAUAGAGGGACUAACAACGCGUUCCAAGCUAAGACUGGGUCAGCCCUGGCGUUGCUUUAUGGCACUCAGAACACAAUGGAGCAACAUCACUAUCAUCAUGCAGUGAUGAUUAUAAACAGUGAGGGUCACAACAUCUUUAGUGGACUAGGGCCGGAAGACUAUUCUCGAGUCAUGAAUGUCCUACGACAGUGCAUAUUGGCGACUGAUCUCACGACUUAUUUUCAGCGCAGGUCGACAUUUUUUUCGCUUGUAUCAGAAUCCAGAUACAGUUGGGACGAGGAGGGGCAACGAGAAACGCUGCGUUUCAUGCUAAUGACCGCUUCAGACCUUGCAGCGUCGACCAAACGAUGGGAAGUACAACGUCGAGUUGCCGAGUUGGUCACUGCAGAAUUUUUCGCACAAGGCGACCAGGAAAGAAAGCAGUUGCAGAUAACUCCUCCAGCAUCAAUGGAUAGAGAACGAGAACAUGAAUUGCCUCAGCUACAAAUGCGAUGGAUUUCUGACAUUUGUCUCCCGCUUUACCAGUCCUUGUCAGACAUGAACCCAAGAUUUGGCGUGAUGCGGGACGGGGCGAGCGUAAAUAUGAAGGUGUGGGCAAAAUUGGCUGGAGUUGACAUUGACGACGAAGAUGCUUCGAAGGCUUCAAGCUAAUUUUGCAGGAGUCUCGAAAACCUGAGACUUCACUUGGAGCUUAUAUUCUAAGAUUUGUUCUGGAAGUUGAAAUUAUUAAUCAAACUCGAAUCAAUUUUAUUGUGUGUAGUGAAAUGAUUUCACUGAAAUCGGAUUAACCGAACCCUUAUUUUGUUCCCCACCAUGCACAUAAACGACAAGACUCCCGACUGAUGAGAUUUUCAAAGUACAACAUUACAACCAUUUUUAUUUGUAAUUAUAUGAGAACAUUAUAUGAUUACAUUUAAGCAUUAGAUUUAACUUGUGGGAUAAUAAUAAAAAACUAUUAAACUCCA